UUGAGGCGGAUUUCCACCGGCUCUACUUGCCUCGGCACGGCACGACACGGUUUAGCUUGCAUCUCCACUACAGUCAAUAAAAGUACAAACUCAACGCAUCCAUUAUUACAAGCCUGUACGUCUACUUGUCUUAAGUCAGCUCAUAUCAAAUCCAACCUCCAAACACACAUCAAAUCAUAAUCAAAUCAAUCAAAAAACAAUAUUUUGCCAAUAUUGUAGAGACGCCCCCAAAAUCUCACAAAUCAUGUUUCCAGGGGAGCUCAUGUCUCAUUAAGCCCGUAGUUCACACCAACACUGUGACUGUGUGGACAUUAAGACUCUGUCAGAUUGUUUUAUCGUGUAUUACUGUAGGCUCAUCAUCACUGUAGACACUCUCUGGUACUGUAGACAUCAUGUUGUGAAAUGUUUCUGUCAUAGAUCACAUCAUGAUGGAGAUUAUAGCUGAUGUGAAUAUUUCUGAUGCAGCUGGAAACACUUAAACUUCACUGUAGUUUAGAAGUGACUUUUUGAAUCUCGCUGCAGACGAAAUCUUUAUGUUUGACAGCAUUUCAGUGAAAUAUAGUCAUGAAAUAGCGCUGCGCUAAAAAGUGAGUCAGUUUGAACAUAGACACUUUUAUAAUGAUAGGUCGAUAAGUAAACUAUCAGUUUGAUACAUAUUCUCAUCUUCAGUUUGUGUCAGGUUACAGCUGAAUAAAUAUCAAAUCAAAUGUAACAUAUCGUAGUACUGCAGUCAUGGUCAUUGGCAUGUGUUAAUAUUUCUGCUCAACUGGAUAAAAAUGGAGGUUGUGCUCUUUGUUUACCUGUUGCCAUGGUGAAUCAUAGUAUCAGAGCUCCAUUAAUGAUAGCUUUAUUCAUUUCCAAUGCACACGCUUAACUCAGAGUGAACAUACUCAGAGUUGAUUGAACUAAUGCUGAUCAGCUGUUCUGAAAACGAAAAAUCUGAGUUUGACAGCUCAGAGAUGGCCAACCUAGAGUUAAGGUUUUAACUCAGAGUUUGUUGAACCUGCUUUCUGAAACAGGCCCCUGGUCAAACCUGUUUGUUCUAAUACGUCGUGUCCAAAAUGAUGAAUAAUAAUUAUGAUAAAGCUGAAUGAUUGACUUUAAUAUUGUAAAUCAUAUUCCACGUUUGUCUGAGACACAUCACUCACCAGCGCCACCUACCUUCAAUCCAGUGUUACAUCAAAAUAUUUACAAAGCAAUAAGAAGUGAACAUAAAUAUAUUUAUUUUAUAUCAGACACAUUAUGUUCAAAUGUGUGAUUUAGUACUGUAACCUGUGGAGGGCAGUGUUUAACCUCUUAGUGUGCAGCCUGCUGGAAAAUAAGAAAGAAUUAUUAUUAUUAUUAUGAACACGACAAAUAAAUCAUAUUUAACAAAGAUAAAAACAAAGCACUAAAUAACACAAAUUAUUAAAGAGGAUUCAUAAUAAUCAAAAUAUCUACAAAGUAUUUGAGGAGGUUUUAUUAUUAUUUUAUUCAUGAAGACGGAGACGUCUCAUAAAAUCAGUUUCCUGUAAAAUGAGAAGGGGCGGAGCUUCACUGGUCAGGUCAAGGGGGGGUGGGGUCCAGGUAAAGUUCAUCUUCAUGUUGAUGCACGGAGACAGAAGAUUUGAAACUGGUGAGUGUUUAUGAGGAUUUUUACUGCUGUCACUCAUGUUUAUGUCCAUGUUUAUGUCCUUAAAAAGGACCAUGGACAGCGCAUGUGUGUGGGACCAGUGAGACACCUGUACACUGAGGACAUUUGGUCCUGUUCUCACACGUCAUGUGACUGUGAUCAAAGUUCACGUUGAGAUUUUAACGAGAACAGAUUUAUGACCUCUUAACAUUUUUUCCCUCACUUCUUCAUAUAAAGUGUAUUUAUUUACACGCUGUCCCGCGUCCUCGCAGGCAGACUUUCCUGUCCUGCUGGUUUUGGACCCGCCGUACUUCACGCCUCAGUACCACUGCUCUCAGACGUGAAUCAUCCUGACGAUGAUGGAGGACGAUGAGGCCAGAGCCACGUCUCCAGGGAUCAGCUAUAUGUCCAUGAGAAGAAGGUCCAAAGAUGAAUCUCUGUACCAACCUGGACCUUCAGACUCAAAGAUCAGUGUCACUCUCAGACUGCCUGAAGUCCAGAUGAUGUUGAGUGUCAGUGAGGACAAUGAUGAGGAUAGAGCACCAUCUCCAGUGUCUAUGAGAACUGACUGGUCCAAAGAUGAACCUCUGUACUUCAAGAACCAACCUGGACCUUCAGACUCAAAACGUCAGAAUCAUGAACAGAGAGCAGAGUCUCCAGUGUCUGUGAGAACUGACUGGUCCAAAGAUGAACCUCUGUACUUCAGGAACCAACCUGGACCUUCAGACUCAAAACAUCAGAAUCAUGAACAGAGAGCAGAGUCUCCAGUGUCUGUGAGAACUGACUGGUCCAAAGAUGAACCUCUGUACUUCAGGAACCAACCUGGACCUUCAGACUCAAAACGUCAGAAUCAUGAACAGAGAGCAGAGUCUCCAGUGUCUGUGAGAACUGACUGGUCCAGAGAUGAACCUCUGUACUUCAGGAACCAACCUGGACCUUCAGAUUCAAAACAUGAGAAGCACGGACUGACAGUUGUCCCUCCAUUACCCAACUGUCCAUCUGUGAAGAGUGACUGGUCCAAAGAUGAACCUCCGUUCUUCAGGAACCAACCUGGACCAGACUCAAAACAUCAGAAGCACAUACUGACAGAUGUCUCUCAAUCUGUGAGGAGGAACUUCAGGAACCAACCUAGACCUUCAGAUGCAGAAAAGAACCUUGGUGAGUCUGUGGAUGCGCAGAUGUCCUGCUGCUCUGUGUGUCAGGAUGACCUGAGGAAUCCUGUGUCUUCCAGCGGUGGACUCUUGUUCUGCAGACAAUGCAUCACUGUACAGACAGAUGUUGGUCUGCAGGAGGUUCUAGAUAAACAUAAGAUCAGUCUGAAGAAGAGAUUUGAACAUGUGACUGAAGGAAUUGAUGACAAAAGAAGUAGAACCCUCCUGAGCAGGAUCUUCACUGAGCUCUACAUCACAGAGGGACAGAGUGAAGAGGUCAAUACUCAACAUGAGGUCAGGCAGCUGGAGACGACUUUCAAGAAGAAGAUGGUACAGGACACUCCCAUUAAGUGCGGUGACAUCUUUAAAGCCUUACCUGACCAGCAGGGGAGCAUCAGAGUGGUCCUGACCAAUGGCGUCGCUGGUGUUGGAAAAACCUUCUCGGUGCAGAAGUUCACUCUGGACUGGGCCGAGGGUUUGGAAAACCAGGAUGUGAAUCUGCUGAUUGUGCUCUCGUUCAGGGAGCUGAACCUGAUCAGAGAUCAGCAGCACAGUCUUCUCACGGUGCUCCAUGUUUUCCAUCCAACAUUAGAGAAGAUUAGAGUAGAGAAGCUCACUGUCUGUAAACCUUUGUUCAUCUUUGAUGGCCUGGAUGAAAGCAGACUCUCACUGGACUUCAACAGCAGGACGCUGGUUUCUGACGUCACACGCAGGUCAUCAGUCAACGUGCUGCUGACCAACCUCAUCCAGGGGAAUCUGCUUCCCUCUGCUCUCAUCUGGAUAACUUCUCGACCUGCAGCGGCCAAUCAGAUCCCUCCUACAUGUGUUGACAGGGUUACAGAAGUACGAGGCUUCACUGACCAUCAGAAGGACGAGUACUUCAGGAAGAGAUUCAGAACUGAAGAUCUGUCUAGCAGAAUCAUCUCACACAUCAAGACAUCCAGGAGCCUCCACAUCAUGUGUCAAAUCCCAGUCUUCUGCUGGAUCAGUGCUACAGUUCUGGAGUACAUGUUGACCUCAGAGCAGAGAGAAGAGCUGCCCAAGACCCUGACAGAUAUGUACUCAAACUUCCUGCUGGUUCAGAUUAAGAGGAAGAAGAACAAGUACGAUAAAGGACGUGAGACGAGUCCACAGGAGCUGAUGGAGGCCAACAGGGACGUUCUUCUGAAGCUAGGGAGGCUGGCCUUUGAACAACUGCAGAAAGGAAACAUCAUGUUCUACCAAGAAGACCUGGAACAGUGUGGUCUUAGUGUGAAUGAGGCCUCGGUGACCUCAGGAGUUUGUACAGAGAUCUUCAGACAAGAAAGUGUGAUCUUCCAGAAAUCAGUCUACUGCUUUGUUCAUCUGAGUGUUCAGGAGUUUCUGGCUGCAGUCUACAUGUUCCACUGUUACAUCAGCAGGAACUCACAAGCGGUGGACGACUUCCUAGGAAAAGACUUCAAAUACCAGCGGUUUACAUCAAACCAUUAUGUCAUUAUGUUUUUUAAAUACUGUGGAGAAAUUAAUUGCUCUGAACCAACUCUGAAUGACCUCCUGCGAGGAGCCGUGGAGAAAUCCCUUGAAAGUAAAAAUGGUCACCUGGACCUGUUUGUUCGAUUCCUUCAUGGUCUCUGUCUUGAGUCCAACAGGAAACUCUUGGGAGGCCUGCUAGGUCAAAUGGGGAACACUCCAGAGCUUGUCAAGGAAGCCAUUGACAACCUGAAGCAGAUGAAUAGAGAUGAUGUUAUGCCUGACAGAUACAUCAACAUCUUUCACUCUCUGGCGGAGAUGAACGACCAAACAGUGCAUCAAGAGACCCAAGAGUUCCUGACUUCAGAGACCAGAACAAACCAAAAACUCUCUGCAAUCCACUGCUCAGGUCUGGCCCACAUGCUGCAGAUGUCGGAGGAGGUUCUGGAAGAGCUGGACCUGAGGAAGUACAACACCUCAGUCGAGGGAUCUCAGAGACUGAUCCCAGCUGUGUCCAACUGCAGGAAGGCUCGACUUUGUGGGUCUCAACUGUCAAAGACUCACUGUGAAGUCAUAGCCUCAGCUCUGACCUCCAGCCCCUCCCAUAUGGUAGAACUGGACCUGAGUGACAACCACCUGCGGGGUUCAAGAAUGAAGUUGCUGUCUACUGGACUGGAGAGUCCAAACUGUAGAUUGGAGACUCUGAGCUUGAGUCGCUGCAGUUUGAGAAAAAGCUGCUGUUCUUCUCUGGCCUCAGCUCUGAAGUCCAACCCCUCCCACCUGAUACACUUGAACCUGCACUACAACAAGUUUCAGGACUCAGGAUUGAAGGAGCUGUGUGGUUUUCUGAAGAGUCCACACUGUCGGCUGGAGACUCUGAGGUUGGAUACAUGCAAGCUGUCAAAGACCAGCGGUUCUUCUCUGGCCUUAGCUCUGAACUCCAACCCCUGUAGUCUCAAACAUCUGGACCUGAGUUGGAACAAGCUGAAGGACGCGGGAGUGAAGAAGUUAUGUGUUUUUUUGGCGAGUCCUUACUGUCGGCUGGAGACUCUGAGGUUACGUUCCUGCAGUUUGUCAGAUAUCAGCUGUUCUUCUCUGGCUGCAGCCCUGAAGUCCAACCCCUCCCACCUGACAAAACUGGACCUGAGCAGCAACUUCCUGACUGAGUCAAACAUGCAGGAGCUGUUUCAUGUCAUGAAGAGUCCAGACUGUCAACUGAAGAUGCUGAGAUGGGAAUGGACGUCAAUAAAAGAAGAGUGGUGAUGAUGACUGAAGCAAACCUAACAUUGAACCUGAGACAGAAGAUGGUGACGAUGAUCACAUGACCAGAGUAGAACCAGUAGAAAUUAUGUAAAUUAAAAGUGGAACUGAGGUUUUAAAGUUUUAUCUCUUAUUUUUGUGUAAUUAACAUUUAAUUUCUUCAUU